CGUCGCCAGUUUUACGAUCCAGUAAAAAACUCGCAGCCAUCGCAACCAUGAAAUACCCGAUUAUUUUGAUCUUUGUCUCCUUGACGGCCUACGGUUCGACGUCCUCUGCCCAACAACCGACCACCUGGACCAGCCCUUACUUCAACUACCAUUACAACACCCCACUGGACCUGCCAACCCAGAAGGUCCCGGCCGAUGAAAAAGCAGGAAAUCCGCAGCAGCUAUUCACUAAUUACAACGAUCACAGUAUGCAAAACACGCUAGGAUCUCAUGUCGUACUGCUAACGACAUGCCUGAGGGAUCUGAAAACUACGAAAGCCGAUUUGGUGCACACACAUUCCGAGGUAGAAAAUGUUAAAAAGGAACUGAAUAAGCUAAAAGAUACGCCAUUUAACUCGACGUCAACUCAACUUUUGGCCAAUGUUAUGGCCACGGUCGAAAAUAUGAAAAAAGAAAUUAUCACCAAAAACGAUUUGGCACAGACUACUUAACGAUUGGACGAAACUCACACAUCACGCGUCGAAAGCGUAAAGAAAGAAUUGAGCAACGUAAUGACUAAAAAUGAAAAAUUUGAAAAUUAAUACAAAUGAAAAUACGGAGGGACUGGUGGUGACCAAUACUAAAGUUCAGGAAUUGACCUCGCAACUUACAAGUUAAAUUUCUCAAAUAUCAAUUUAUACUGACAACCACAAACUUGACCAUUUUGACUGUAUUCUCGGUGAAAACAGAAAGUACGGCCGCAUCGUCCAUUGGCAAAAUCCCAGUCUCAUGCGGAGAUCUUCAUCAGAUCGGCCACAAGAAAAGCGGAUUGUACUCUGUCAUGGGAAGUAAACAAGUCGAAAACGUCUAUUGCGAUUUCACUAAACCAACUGGAGAUGCAGGGUUGCAGAAAUGGAUCGGCUACGCUAACGUGAAAUCAACUCUGGUCUACUUCUACGCUCUGCGGAAUAGUGCCUUCGACGAAGCCAAUGUUCCCAUUCCGUUUCAGAGCGAAAAAAUUAACAUGGGUGGAGGAAUGAAUUUGUCAACGGGAAAAUUCACGGCACCCGUCUAGGGAGUCUAUUUCUUUUCUUUUACGGGAUUGGCUGGCUUCUCAAGUACUUCGCAAACAAAGGGAUUGAAAAUCGCUUUUUACUUAAACGGCAAUUACCUCAGUACGGCUGAGGUGGGUGAGGCAAACACCCCUGGCCACUCAUCCACGCUAACGAUGCAAUCAACGCUAAGUAUGCAAAAGGGAGAUCAAAUAUGGUUGCAGAUUUGGUUCAUUUCACCCGGUGUCACAUUGUGGGACAGCAAUUAUCACCAUAAUCAUUUCACUGGUUUUCUUCUGCACGAAAAAAUGUUUUUCUCGCUUUAAUUUGAUAUCUGGACAAACAUAACAACGUAAAUGAGUUUGGUGACAUUAUCGAUACCAUCGACAAGGAGAUUUCCGGAAUAUGAAUUUUUAAAUGCAUUAAAAACUGAUUCUGCCUUCAAUUUUACUGAUAUAUUUGCAUCAAUAAUUUUUCCAUUUCUUUGACUAAAUCUGUCACCAAGAAAAAAUCCAAUACACAACACAAAGGAAAUCUCA